AUGAAUGAGAUGAGUUUUCCAAUAAAGUUUGUGAAAUGGAUUAUGGUAGCUGUUAGAACAGUGUCCUAUAGAUAUCUUAUCAAUGGGCAGGCUAGUAAGAUUUUGAAGGCUAAGAGGGGAUUGAGACAAGGAGAUCCUAUCUCACCCCUUUUAUUUGUGUUGAUCAUGGAGUAUAAGCAUAGGAGUAUGGCAGAGCUGAAAGUGACUCUUGGAUAUAAAUUCCACCCAAGAUGCUCUAAAUUGAACAUUACUAAUGUGUGUUUUGCUGAUGAUUUAAUGCUUUUUGCCAUGGGAGAUGCAUGCUCAGUUCAGAAAAUGAUGAAUAACUUCACAAAAUUUUCAGAAGCAACUGGCCUUAGGGCAAAUCUUGAUAAAUGUAAAGUCUUUUUUGGUGGAACUACUUUGCAGGAGCAGGUGGAUAUCCUUAGGAUCAGUGGCUUUUCUGAGGGCAAGCUUCCUUUUAAAUACUUGAGGGUUCCAAUUUCUAGCAGGAAACUGUCUAUUAAUCAGUGCCAACCAUUAAUAGACAAAAUGCUUGCAAAGAUACAACAUUGGUCAGUGAAAUUACUAAGCUAUGCUGGAAGACAGCAAUUAGUUAACAGUGUUUUGAUGUCCAUCUCAGGGAAAGCUUAUGUGGCUUGGGAGAAUCUAUGUGAGCCUAAGAAUGCAGGAGGGCUCAAUAUUCGAGAUCUGGAAACCUGGAACAAGGUGAUGAUGCUUAAGUUGCUGUGGAACAUUCACAUGAAAGCAAAUAAAUUGUGGAUUCGUUGGCUUGACACAUACUUUAUGAAAGGGGUCCCUAUUCUCCAAUGGCCGGUGAGCAAAACAGGGUCUUGGAUAUUUAACUGUAAAUUAAAGUGUAGGAAUCUCAUCCAUAAUGGUGAUGCGUGGCAGAAGGCAGUUCUUCAUGGAAGAUUCAAGGCUGCUAGUAUAUACAAAGAGCUGAGAGGUGACAACAUGGAUUUGCCAUGGAAACGAGUCUUCUUCCAAAACCAUGCCUCCCCUCGUGCAAGAUUUACUCAUUGGCUGACCCUAAUGGGAAGACUCCCCACUAAGGAUAGGCUAAGGAGGUUUGGCUUUAUCCAAGAUUGUAAAUGCUGCUUUUGUGAUCAAGAUGAAACUCUAUCCCAUCUGGUUUUUGGUUGCAGUUUUUCUAACAGAAUUUGGGAUAGUUUAAUGGGCUGGAUUGGUUACAAUAGGACUAUAUUGCACUGGGAACAUGAGAAGGGGUGGAUAAUUCAGGAAACUCAUAAGAAGGGGUGGAAGAGAGAGGUCCUCAAAAUUGCUUUGGCUGAAACCAUUUACCAAAUCUGGGCUGCUAGGAAUGCUGCUAUUUUUACCCUUAGUCCACCUAGAAGUGAUAUUAUUCCUCAUAUACAAGAGAGAGUGAUUAAUAGAAGCCUUACUCAUAGAAAGCUAAAAUCUCAUGUAGAUGUGAGUAACACGAGAUUUAGAUGA